GGUUUUUGGCAGUGCGUGUGGCCCCUGCUCAUCACAUUGCUCUGCUUGCUUCCCACCUGUUCUGUGUUGGCAAAGGAACGUGCCCAAAUGAGCAAGCUGCCGCAGCCAGCCACUGCUCCAGGGGUGAACGGAAUCAGUGUCAUCCACACGCAGGCGCAUGCCAGCGGCCUGCAGCAGGUUCCUCAGCUGCUGCCCGCUGGGCCUGGGGGCGGAGGCAAAGCUGUGCCUCCCAGCAAGCAAAGCAAGAAGAGCUCACCCAUGGACCGGAGUAGCGACGAGUAUCGCCAGCGCAGGGAGAGGAACAAUAUGGCCGUGAAAAAGAGCCGGUUAAAAAGCAAGCAGAAAGCCCAAGACACGCUGCAGAGAGUGAACCAGCUCAAAGAAGAGAACGAACGGUUGGAAGCCAAAAUUAAGUUGCUGACAAAGGAAUUAAGUGUACUGAAAGAUUUGUUUCUUGAGCACGCACACAACCUCGCAGACAACGUGCAGCCCAUCAGCGCUGACGCCACCACGGCCAACGCUGAGAGCCCAGGGCAGUAGAUCUCCCAGCGUCCGCAGCUCUGCGACUGGAACGUGAGAGGCGUGACCACCUGCACCCUUGGCUCAGUGGCGGGACUGGGGCUUGUUCUUUGGAGGUUAUUUUCUGGGCUCAGCACUGAGCAGCUGAUUAGCCAUGUAAUUUAUCUGGUCUUGAAUGAUAAUGGAGUUUUGAAGUACUAAAAGAAAACUUAGGGUUUAUGGUUAAAACAAAAUUCCUGGACUUUAAUGUUCUUAAUAAAUCCUGACUUUCCCAGAAAUGUUUCUUUUGUAGGAAUGGGAACAUGGAAGGUCAUAUAGAAGGUUCUGGGUUUUAAUGAAACAAUGCCUUGGCUUAAGAAAAGCUGAACUGGAACCAGGUGUGAUGGCACACACCUGUGAUCCCAGCACUCGGGAGGCAGAGGCAGGGGGAUCGCUGUGAGUUCGAGGCCAUCCUGGUCUACAAAGCGAGUCCAGGACAGCCAAGGCUACACAGAGAAACCCUGUCUCGAGGGAGAGAAAAAAAGAAAGAAAAGAAAAGCUGAAUUCCACCUGUGACUUUUGUGAUUUUAUUCUAAAUUGUGCAUUGUAAAUUCUAGGGCUACAGAAACCAAUCGUAAUAAUUUGUCCUCAUUUUACAGAUAGUAUAAACCUGUCUUACCAUAAUUGGCAUUUUUUUUUUUUUUCAAA